AUGAGCUCGGCAGUCAUAAAUGUGCGUCGGUUCCUGCUCCCGCGGGGAACUCGGCCAUUGCGGCGCGUACCGCAUCACGGAACCAGCCUUCGCUCAGGCUUAAACUCGUCUGCGGUUUCGGAGACGCCGGCGCAUGUGAGGUUUGGCUCGACAAUAAAGCCUCCAACUGCUGCAAAGCCGCAGCAGCAACAAGAACCCCCGCGUCACACCGUUCUUGAGAAACCCGAAAAGUUCAAUCCACCAUCACAUGGCGCCCGGUUGCCCAAGAAGGGCUAUGCUCCCCCUCGAACCUAUGGCGGAGACCUGUCGGCGGAGCAGAUCAAGAUCCAGAAUACCAAGGACUAUCCGGGCAUGCCGCCGCCUCAAGGCUCCAUGGCACAUAGGAUCAUUCACAACAGACGCCUGCACGCUUUUAUAUCCAUUGGUGUCUUGACCAUGUUGGCCAUCUAUACCUACGUCUUGAACUUCAGAAUGAACUCGCCAUACGUUGAUAUGAUUCCUCCCUGGUCCGACUUCUUCUGGCAUCCCUUUUCGUCGAUUUAUACCGUCUUCGACGCCGUGAGGCUCACGACCCUACACAACUCCGCCAUCGUGGCUGCUAAGAGAGAAAAGGCUAUCGACGAUGUCCUCAAACGGAGGAAAUAUCGCAAGGCACACGGCAUCGACGAGUCGGAAGGGGUUGCUGGAUGGUUCAAGGCUGACCCGGUGGACCCAGAAGAGCAAGAAGCAGCUGUCGCCCCCAACACUGCAUCAACUGGUCAGCAGAAGGCCGUGGAGGCUUCUUCUUCAGAGGAGAAGAAAGAUAACGAGUCGAGAAAAAAGAUUUUGGACUUCAAGGCGUCCAAGACUUCAUCAGCCACACCUCCCUUCUCUAGCACCUUUUGUACAAUAGCAUUCAUGACGGCCAACUUUGUUCCUCCUCUUGGCGGUUUCCAAACACCUUCCACUGCUUCAGUAUCUGUGUUCCGGGCCUCUGUUUGCUUCUGCGGCGCCAAAGUGGGUGCUGCAAUAGUGUUGGUAGCAGCGGUGUCUACAACCGUAUCAUCUGCUGCUCCGGAGGGCGUCAACCUUGAUGGAGGGUCGAUGACGCGGAUGGAAAGCAGGCGCAAAUUCCGGGCUCCAAUGCUCGAAGGCUUCACCGCCCCGGAGUCGACCUCCAUAUCGUCCGGAGAGUUUGCUGUCGUCGAUGCCGCCUCGGUAAUUGAGAUGGCGAUGGCUACGUCUGCCACGGCAAGCUCCUCCUUGGAUGGGUCGAAUAUGAUGUUGUCUCCAACAGCAGUCACUAGAAGCGUGAUUGGUGGCCGAGAUGUUGCAGCACUCUCGGCUGUCUUCUCCCGUGAGUAUAGGAACGGCGAAACGUCCCAAUCGUCAUCGAAAAGAGGGUCCUCGUCGCCUUCAGAUUUGAGGCGCGGUAGCCGUGUGGCUAGCAGGGCAAGGUGCGUGGUGAGGGACAGCAAAGGUAGCGGGUAG